AUGUCGCCCAGUAAAAACAACGGUCAUAGUAGUAGUAGUAAUCGCAAUGGCGAGGAUGUCGUCCGACAGGCCAACGUUCUCGCCUCUGCCUACAUUGUAGAUGCCUCUGCGCGUCUCACCGGGUUCCAUUACUCCACUACCGGCGCCGCGGAGCCCAGUGGCGUCCCUGAGGUCCUUAGGGACCAGGGACUCCCUUCACCACCGUCAAGUCCCCCUCUAGCAGCCCUAACCUCCGCCAACGAGAUCACGCUUUCCAAAUCCAACAAGCGCGACAACGAUCAUGGCAGGAACUCCAGGGGCCGCAAGGGGGCAGCAUACACCAUCCGGGAAGAGUGUGAGAGGCUCUUCUGCGGGACCAUGAAAGGCGUUUUCCUUGGUGAAGAAGGAACGCUGUCUAGUGGCUCGUUCGGUAUGGGUAUGGAUAUGAACAAUUACAACAAUAUGAACAUGCAUAUGAACGAUUCGCCUCCGAAUGAUGGGGGUAUGGAUGGAUAUUUCCCUACUACUACUGGUAUAAAUGGCAAGAGACAAAAUAUCGAUGCUUGGAUCGAGGUCUGGGAUUAUGCUGGUGGUUGUAGCUUCCGCGGUUUCGUGGGCGGGGAUGGGGAGAACAAAUCUCUAUUUGCGUUCUUUGAUUCUGCGGUUAUUGGAAGGGAUCUGAAACAAGGACUCAUGGCACUCAUCGAACUCGCCGAAUCCGUCUUCGCAGUCACCCAAGUCGUCAUCUGCGUCGAUCGCUCCACCUCGGUCCAAGAAAACGAACGCAAAGCAUUUCUUAAGAGUAUCCGCUGGGUCGGCUUCGAACUUGUCUCCCUGGACCUUUGGGCAGGUGAGCUGGAUGUUAGUAGUGAAAAGUGGCUUUUCUUAGGCAUGGAAAUUUAG